AUGAGUAAACGUAAAUUCAGAAUUGUGAAUGAACAACAUGAUAAUAUUAUUCCUUUAAAAUCAAAAGCAACUAACAUAUCUAAAUCAGUGAAUCGUAAUGAACCAUCAAGGAAGCAUCAACAAGUUAAUUGCUCUGAGAAACAUCAGAUAAAGAAAAGAAUGGUAUUAAGCAAUAAACCAGACUUAAGGUACAGUUCAGGUAAUUAUCUGAAUUUCAAAAGUGCUGCUGACUCGACUACUUAUUAUGAUACAAAAGAAUUACAACAACAGAAUAAUAUGGAGGAUUCUUUGACCAUAGAAGAUUUUGAUCAACCUCCUGAAAGAACUUCAACUCCCAUGGUGUCCGCCUCAGAUUACUCCCAAAUAGACGAUGAUGACUUCUCUUCUUUGGAGUUAGACGACAUCAACGUUUAUCAUCAUUCCAAUGCUCUACAAUGUACUCCUAUUUACCAGCAAUACGAAGAUCAAUACUUGAUGCAGAAUAACUCCCCACUGCACAAUAAAAGAAAUUAUAUGAAGUAUAAAAACCCAACUUCAAUAUGUCAUAAACAAGUGUCAGAUAAAUUAAAAUAUAUUGUCUCGAGUGAUCAAAACUCAGGUCAACCUGUGAUAACAAUUACAAAUAGUCCAAUCAACAAACAAUCUCGUGAUAAAGGAAAUAUGACUACAAAUAUUAAUCAGGUCGAAAGUGAUAUAGAAAGCUAUAUAUCCAGUGGUGGUGAAGCUACUUAUAGAGGAAGUACAAGUUCAUAA